AAAUUUUUUUUUUCUCGUUGGCGUUUGGUUUUCGAGAAAGUGGCACUGGGAAAAAAUUUUCCCGAGAAAACCCUACUCUUCUCCAAUGAAGCUUCACUAUUCUCUACUCUUAUCACUUUCGACACUGUUGCUGCACUGCUCUCCUUAAGAUGCUGUACAAAUCGGCGAUCUGAGUCUCGUUCUUCAAUCCAUUUGCUACAAUUGGCCUCAAUCUCAGUUUCCUCGGCUGAACUUGUGCUGGACGCGUGGUAAAGUGGUCAUCACAAGCAUAUAUCCAACGCAUGUCUCUAGAUGACUAAAAGAAUGGAGUCAUAUGACCUUCUAGGGCAGAGAAGGGAUGUAAAGCACAAAGGAAGGAAUGUUGUUUGGUCAGUUGCAAUGGACAAGUGCCUCAUUGAAGCCCUUGCUGUUCAAGCCAGAACUGGGAAUAAAAUCGACAGAUGCUUUAACGAAAAUGCAUAUACAGCUGCUUGUAUUGCUGUCAAUUCUUGUUUUAACUUAAACUUGAACAACCAGAAAGUUAUCAACCGCCUUAAGACGAUUAAGAAGAGGUACAAGGUAAUCAAGGAUAUUCUUUGUCGAGAUGGGUUUCGGUGGAAUCCAACUUCGAAGAUGAUCGACUGUGACAGUGAAGACCUUUGGAAGAGAUAUGUGGCAGCGCACCCCGACGCGAGAGGACUCAGAGGGAAGCCGAUAGAGAUGUAUGAUGAACUGAACAUUGUGUGUGGCAACUAUCAGGCCCCGAGUCAAUGGGCUAAGAUGAAGGAUGGAAACCAUCCACUGCAGGUCAGGAAUUUCGAAGAAGAGUCUGCAUCGUUUCACUCCCCUAGCUCUGAAGAUCUUAGUGAAACAGAUGAUACAGAGUCAUACACCGGACCAUCUGAAUAUGCAGAACUACCCAAUGGCAGUCAGGAACCUCUGCAAAACAAUCUACCGAGACAACAUCCGAAGAGGCCAAGGGCAUCUGAGGCUCUCCAGGAUGCAAUGCUGGCAGUGGCGUCCAGUAUUCGUCGCCUGGCUGAUGCAAUGGAACUAAGCAAACACACGAUAGAUGCCAACGAACUCUUAGAAGCCGUGAUGGAGGUCGAUGGUUUGGAGGAGGCCAGACAGAUGUAUGCCUUUGAAUAUUUAAAUGCUGAUCCGGUGAAAGCCCGAGCGUUCUUGACGUAUAACGCUCGGAUGAGGAAAAUAUAUUUGUUUCGCCAGUUUUGGUGGUGGAAGUGAUCUUCAACUAUCAUAAAAUUCUUGUGUACCAUUUGAAAUUGUAUUGAACUUGUUUGAUGGUGUUAAAAUUUACACAUUAUUGGAACCAUAUCUGAUUGGUAAUUCUGAAUGUAAAUGUAUAGAUAAAUUCAAUUGAAGAUGGAUCAUUGCCCAAA